AUGCCUUUCCUGCGACCAGCAUCUCUCCUGCGCUCAGCAGCUCGCCCGGCGGCUGUCCGCCCAACAUUCUUCGCACGGCCGCAGGUUCGUUUCGCAACACAGGACUACGGCUCGGGUGAUGGCAACCCAGCUGGCGAGAAGCCGCAGCAACAGGGCCAGAACCUCAGCGAGAACGUCGAGCACCCUGGCCCGCCACCACCAGAGGUCGCCAAGGGUCAGUCGUCUUCGUCACCGAACGAGGAUUCUGGCUCUUCACCAAAGGGCUCUUCGUCAUCCCAGUCCGCAUCAAAGCCAUCGGAGCAGAGCCAGUCAAACGAUGGUGCAUCAAAGACCGGUGGAGGCGACGGUAAGUCAGUCAACGGAGCCCAGCCCAAAAUCCUCAAUGCAAACCCCCCUGCAACGGACAGCGAGGAGGUGAAGCAGCACAACAAGGAGAUGGAUCAGAGGGCUGAGAAGGCACAUGAGCAGGUCAGCAAUGAGGAAGCGGAAAAGGACAAAGUGCCAAAAAGGUUCUGGGCUGGCCAGGGCGGACGGGACAGCGAGCCGUGA